AUGGGGGGCAGUGAACGUAUGUACCUCGAGGACGGGGAACUGAAGAAGAAGAAGAACACAAUAACUAUCACCAAAACUGCGGCAAUCUUUAUCUGCGUCGUAAUCAUUCUCUUGUUAGUCGGAGUUGCAGUGUUAUUCUAUUUUGUUCCCAACUCAUCGGAAGAAUGUGAACCAGUGUCAGAAGAAUGCAGCGAGCCACUAUUCCGACUACCCGAGGAACCUGAGGAGCCAACUCCGACACGAAGAGAACCAUUCGAGGAAAGGUUACCCAAUUCUCUUUAUCCCCUACACUACGAUCUCACUGUAAAGAUGUUCCUAUACGAAUAUGAAACCAGUGAAAUGGAGAGAUUUACAUUCGAAGGUCAUGAGACUAUCUACCUCCGCUGUGAUGAAUCCACGAACACUGUCAAGAUGAACAGUAGAUUCUUGAAUGUUAACUUUGAACCAGGCAUGAUUAAGAUCACAGAGAGUGACACAGGAAAGGAGAUCGGUAUAAAGUCUGGAGAAUUAGACGAGAUACACGAGCUUUUUGUUGUGGAAACUGUUGAAACUAUGGAGGCAGGAAACAACUACACCCUGGAGAUACUUGAUUUUGGUGCUUUAAUGGGGAACGCCGAUGACGACCAGUAUGGAAUGUAUUUUCAGUCUUAUGAAAUAUACGGCGAAACUAGAUGGAUAUGUAACACUAAAUUCACGCCAAACUACGCAAGGGAAGUCUUUCCAUGCUUUGACGAACCACAUUUCAGAGCAACAUUUAAUCUUUCCCUAAUCCAUCACAACAAACGCUGGGCGAAGUCCAACAUGCCAAUUUACGAGAGUGUCGACCUGGGCAAUGAUUGGAAUGAAACGCGAUUUGAGACGACCCCUAAUAUGGUGACGUACCUGCUUGUAAUGGUGGUGGCUGAUUUCGAUUACAUUGAAACCACGACAACAAAUGGCUACCCGUUGAGAGUUUGGGCCCGAGAAGAUCGAAUGGAACUGGGGCAAUUUGCUUUGGAAGCUGGUAGCGAAAUAUUGACGGCAUUUGAGACUCUGAUUGGCGUGCCCUAUGGACUUCCGAAAUUAGACAUGAUUGCCAUUCCUGAUUACGCGGCAGGGGCGACUGAAUUCUGGGGAUGUGUAUUGUACCGUGAGAAUCGUCUGUUAUACAACGCCACUGCACAGGACGCGUACGAUCAGCAAAGUGUGGCAGCUAUCGUGGCCCAUGAAUUAGCUCAUAUGUGGUAUGGUAAUUACUUGACGUGUGAUUGGUGGAGCCAUAUUUGGUUAAACGAAGGUUUUGCUAGUUUUCAUGAAUACGUGAUUAUGCAGGAUCUGUAUCCUGAAUUAAAAAUGGAUCAUCAAUUUUUGAAUCUCGAUCUAGAAUCAGCGUUUCGUGUUGAUGCUAGAUCAUCGUCUGCUGUGCCACAAAUUAGACCAAUCAGUGGAUGGAGAGAUGAAAUAACUGGAGUUUUUGACACCACUACGUAUAGUAGGGGCGCCAGUAUGUUACGACAUCUGGCAUCUUUCUUAGACAUUGAUGUCAUACGUCGAGGCCUCAACAGCUACGUAACCAAUCACUUGUAUGAGAGCGUUGUAUCAGACCAGCUUUGGCAAGAAUUGACACAGGCUGACAGAGGACACAGAAAUACUAACGUUAAAAUGGUAAUGGACACGUGGACCUUGCAACAUGGUCACCCGGUAGUAACUGUCACGAGAACAAGUGAAGCAAAGGCAUCGGUUGUACAAGACCAUUUUCUGAGUGAUCCCAAUGACGAACCAACUGACCAGUAUGCAAAUCUCGGAUAUUUAUGGUACGUACCACUUACGUAUACUCAUGCCUCAGAAGCAGACUUCACAAACCCCAACUUUGAAUGGUUGCAGAAUACAGACGAACCGGGAGAGAUUGAUUUGAGAGAUGCUGGAUCUCUGGAUUGGGUUGUAGUAAAUAUCAAUCAAGUCGGAUUCUAUCGUGUUAACUAUGAUGAUGAAAAUUGGGAACGUCUGGCAGUAGCUCUGAAAGAAGAUGUAGACUUUCAGGUGUUUCCUGCUCCGACAAGGACCGCUCUGUUGGAUGACUGUUUCAAGAUAUCACAAGCAUUCUACACCGAUAACGUGAACUGUCAUCGACUCAGUGAAUACAUGUACAGAGAAACAGAGUAUCCGACAUGGGAGCUGAUGAUCGAUAACUUACCGUUCACAUAUGAUACUUUUAUGAGAACUGCAGAAUUUGGACAACUCGAGUUGUAUUGGCGGCAUCAAAUCACACCGAUAUAUGAAGCACUUGGUUGGGAUUUCGGCGCUGGCAAUAGUUUAAAUGUUCGCCUCCGUACCGACGCAAUAAAUACUGCAUGUAAAUAUGGAAAUGAAGAAUGUGUUGGGAAUGCAACAGACCUAUAUGCAGAAUGGAUGGCUGAUCCCGACAAUAACCCAAUUGAUACCAGUGUCCGAUCUACAAUAUACUGUACUGCCAUCAAGUUUGGAUCAUUAAAAGAAUGGAUGUUUGCUCACGAACAAAGUAUGACGAAUCCCGUGGAACGUACGCGUUUGCGAUCCGCUAUGGGUUGUUCAAAAGAUGCUUGGUUACUUGAGAGGUAUAUAGAGGAAUAUUUCACGGAUCCAGCACUCACAUCUAAUAUUAUAGAAUAUGUAAGAUCUAAAUCAGCAACAGGAUUUUCUGUUGCAUGGCACUAUGUCAUGGACAAUUUUGAAGUUUUGAAUUCAACUCUUGGUGAGUCAGCUUUUGAUGUUGUAUGGGACUUUUAUCCAUGGAUGAACACGGACUAUGAUUUAAAACAGUUAUUAGGAUUCGCAGCACAAUUUCCUGACAUGUCGACUGAUGCCGCUGCUGGUUUCUAUGAUGCUAAACUGAAUGUCGAGACGAACAUAGCGUGGAUGCAAAAGAAUAGACAAGGGUUAAAAGAUUGGCUGAAUGAUGUAGUCACAAAAGACAAUAUAGUGGAUUUAACGAGAACCGAGUUAUAG